AUGUGCAGCGUAGUAGAAGACAACAUCCAGCGUUCAAGUCCUGGUUCAAUCGGCAGCGGUGUUUCGAAUCAGUACGGCGAUUUGUCAUCAGCCUAUGCCCACCUAACCGCCGCGUUGCGUCAGUACCACGGGGAGCUGGUCGAAACCGGGUCGCCAGCGGUCCUCUGCACAGCUUUGCCUUCACACUGGCGAUCCAACAAGUCGCUACCAGCUGCUUUCAAGGUGGUCGUACUGGACGAUGUCCAGGACGGAACACUCGUCACAGUCAGAGCUGGAAACGACGAAAAUUCCUGUGCCGAACUAAGAAACUGCACUGCCGUUAUUAAAAACCAAGUAGCUAAAUUUAAUGACCUGAGAUUUGUCGGCAGAAGCGGCCGAGGAAAGUCCUUCAGUAUUAGUAUAAGCAUUAGCACACAUCCCGUUAGCCAAGUAGCCACAUACACAAAAGCCAUAAAAGUCACAGUAGACGGACCAAGGGAACCCAGAACCAAACAAAAUUUCCAAUACCCAGGCUGCUACCCGAUGUUGCCCGCUUUGGGUCUUAAUCCUUUCCUCUUCGGAGCACUACCGGCCUGGUUAGAUUCCGUGUAUCACCAUUCUGGUGUGGGUUAUCCGGCAGCAGGCCACCAUGCUGCCGCUAUAGGAGAUUACUUCAACACAGCAAUUGGCGUCAAUGCGGCAGAUAUGCACGUUGCGCCCAAAUUACCGCCUGAGAGCGCCCGCGGUGCCAUGCCCGAUAUUGCCCUCAGCGAAGAAGUUAACAGAAUGAACGCGGCCAGACUUGGAAAAACUUCCGAUAUGAUGGGAAACAACGAUUUGAACCAUGCCAUUAGUAAAGGUGUAUCUCCUACAUCUUCUCCCGGUUCAGCCACAUCUGACUAUUACCCACACCCUGCAGCAGUACCGCCGCCAGCAGUGGUACCAACCGCCAGUGCGUUACCGCCUUAUUUACCGCCUGGAUAUCCAGCAAGAUUGCCUUUGGUUCAAGGAACUUUGCCUCCAACAAUACCUCCUUCGCUGAACCCGCUCCUUACACCUGCAGUUGCGCCACCAUUGCCUGCACCACAUAGUUUACCUCCGCCAACGAGAGUAUCCCACGAAGUUAAAAGAAGUGAGGCCUCCAAUUCGGGUUCAGCAAAUGGAAGUGAUGCAAGUGAUGAUGAGUUCAUAGAUGUCGAAAUUAGAUCAGCGUUUACGCCAUUAAAGGAUGUUAUAGUCAAACAAAAAUGUGAACUUAAAGCUCCUACGGUUCUCAUUGGAACUGGUGAUAGGCUGGACUCGUCAAGAACGACGAGGCUGCACAGCCAGAAAACCGUGUGGCGACCAUAUUGAAAAAGGGAUAGAAAUAAUUUAAAUUUAACAAGUUGAUGAACAGUGAUUUGUAUAACGAAUAAUAUUUAAAUUUGUGUUUAAAAGAUUGGGUCUGAAACCGAGGUUUCUGGUCAAUCUGCAUGGUUGUAUUGCGUAUUUAAAAGCAAUAUCGGUAAACCAAUGCGUGAAAAAAUCUUCAAUAAUUA